CGGUUUUCAUCUGUUUUGGUUUGAAAAUUUUGUUUUCAAAAUGAGUUUUAUAUUUUUGAGUGGUUAAUCAAUUAAUUGUGUUUAUUUUUUAAUUUAAAGUGUUAUCGUAAGUGUUGAGCCAGUUUGUUACAAGGUAACUUUAGUGGACUUGUUGGUAAAAUAUGGAUAGCUCUCAAUCAUCAACAACACGUGCUUCUAAAGCUGAUUCAAAUGGAGGUUCUUCUGCUCAAUUUAAGGAUAGGAUGGAGUUAAUUGAUGAAAUGAAUGUAAGAUUUCGUGAAAGGGCUCCUGGUUGGGAAGCAUAUUUACCGGAAAACUUUGAAGAAUUUUUCACCAAUGUUUGCAAACUCUGUCUGGCAAAAGAGAAAGGUUUAAAUAUGAAGCAAAGAAUAAAACUGAUAAUAUUUCUUGACAACUGUUUCAACAGUGUUGAGGUUGAUCUCAUUCGUGAAACAAUACAAAAUUAUGCUUCAUUCCCUAUAUGGAUUUGCCUAUCAGAAACCCGGAGAGAAGAGGAAUUCAGAAAAGUUGCAAAACUGAAAAAGUAUUGGAAUGUACUAAAGAAAAAAGAUGCCAAAUUAGAACCCGAUCAGUUAGAAUCAUUGAACUUUGAAAGACAAUUUCUAUGGAACUUAAUUCAUCAAUUUUUCCGUUUUCUUGCAACCAUUCCAAGUCAAGAAGAAGUUGAACAAUUGGAUAAAGUGCAACUUAAUGUGGUUAAUUAUUGUGAAAGAUUUCUAGAGUUCCUUAUCGACUUGGAAGCUUCAUUGCCAACACGAAGAUUUUUCAAUGUUGUUCUCGAUGAUACACAUGCAGUAAUCAUUUGUCAAAAGUCUAAUCUUGCCAAUCGGAUAAAAGAAGGACGACUCUUUAGCCAGCUUCUUGAGAUGCUGAAAUUUUAUUGUAAAUACGAGAUUGAUGAUAUUACCGGCAAAGCUCUAAAUCGGAAAGAAGUGAUGAAGUUACACUAUGAUAUGAUGACAAAGCUUCAAAUGCUCACCUUUAAACAUUUUGAAUCAUUGAAAAACUUUUAUCUUAGUAACAUUGCUUCAGUUGAUACACCAGAAAAGCUUUUAGAAUGUUUCAAAAAUUUGAGUGACGAAGAAAUCGCUAAACUGAUGAACAUGCUAAACAUUACUCCGGAAUCGCCUUCAAGGACUCUUACUCGUGAUUACCUUCUCGAAAUAAUUGCUUUCAGAUGUGGAAGAACAAUUUCUCAACUUGAUGCACUUAAUGAAAUGCCACUCUAUCCGACUGAAGAAAUCAUCUGGGACGAAAAUCUAGUUCCGAAUCAAUACUAUGACCAUGAUUCCUGUUUAGCUUUACCAAAACUCAAUCUACAAUUUCUUACCCUACAUGAUUAUUUAUUGAGGAAUCACAAGCUUUUCCGUUUGGAAUCAACUUUUGAAAUCCGCCAGGAUAUUGAAAGCAGUAUCUCACGAAUGAAACCAUGGAGAAGAGAAGAUGGUGCCGUUAUGUUUGGUGGUUGGGCUCGAAUGGCCAUUUGUGUAGAUAAUUUCGUUAUCGUUGAAGUAGCAAAACCAAAUAUUGGUGAAAAGGCUCCAUCCCGAGUAAGAGCUGAAAUAAGAGUUAAUCUUAAUGUUCGUAAUGAAAUUAAAAAGGAGUGGGAAUCUUUAAGAAAACAUGAUGUUUGUUUCCUAAUUACCGUGGAACCGACUGUGCCUCCUGGAACUGCUUAUAAGUAUAAAGAACCUUUUGUACCUCAAGUUGGUCUGAAAUAUGUCCGUGGAUGUGAAAUUGAAGGAAUGCUCGAUCCCUUAGGAAAAUUGAUUGACGAAUCAACUAAUGAAAAACCUCAUUUUGAUACUGAUUUUCGAACUUAUCGAGUUUGGCUUGAUUGUAAUCAAUAUUAUAGCGACAAUAUAAAUCUUAAGGAUGGCCAAGAAAGCGUUUAUGAUACAUUUAAUAUUCUAAUGAGACGCAAACCAAAGGAAAAUAACUUUAAAGCUGUUCUCGAAACUGUUCGUGAUCUGAUGAAUAUACAAUUUGUUGUCCCUGAUUGGCUUCAUGAUAUCAUUCUUGGCUACGGUGAUCCAUUAUCAGCUCAUUAUACAAAUAUGAUAGAUUCAAGUGAAUCGGUCAACUUUAAUGAUACAUUUUUAGAUUACCAGCAUCUUUUAGCUUCUUUCCCAAAUUAUGAAAUCACCACUUCAGCCGAUGAAUCGAAAUUAUUGCCGCCCUUUAAACUCAAGAUUGAUGAGAAAGAACGUAAAAUUGAAGUUUUUCCUUUUGUUUUACCCAAUCGUGGACCAUAUCCUGCCGCUCAACCAAGAAAGAAUAGUGUUAGAUUCACACCGACUCAAGUAGAAGCCAUCAAAAGCGGUGUUAAUCGGGGUUUAACAUUAGUUGUUGGACCUCCAGGAACUGGUAAAACCGAUGUUGCCGUACAAAUAAUUUCAAACCUUUACCAUAACUUUCCAAAGCAACGAACUCUAAUCGUUACGCAUUCUAAUCAAGCAUUAAACGCUCUAUUUGAAAAGAUUAUGCACCUAGACAUUGAUGAGAGACAUCUUCUUCGAUUGGGACACGGAGAAGAAGAGUUGGACACAGAAAAGAAUUUCAGUCGUUAUGGUCGAGUUGAUUACGUUCUCAAGAAAAGAUUGGAACUCUUGGAUGAAGUUAGUCGAUUGGCAAAAAGUCUCAACAUUAGUGCCGAUGUUGGCUAUACAUGUGAAACUGCUAAUUAUUUUUAUCUUUACCAUGUUCUAUCGAGAUGGGAAGAAUUUCAAAGCAAAUUAAGUGAAAGCGACAAAGGCCCUGAAGAUGUUUUCAGACUAUUUCCAUUCCAUAAAUUCUUUGAAACUGCACCUCAACCAAUCUUUCAUCAAGUUACAUUUGAACAAGAUCUCGAGAUUGCCAAAGGAUGUUAUAGACAUUUGAAAAAAAUCUUCACACAAUUGGACGAAUUUAAAGCUUUUGAAAUGUUACGUUCAGGAAAUGAUAGGAGCAAAUAUCUUCUUGUUCGUGAAGCAAAGAUUAUUGCCAUGACCUGCACACAUGCAGCUUUAAAAAGACGAGAAUUGGUGGAAAUUGGUUUCCAAUAUGAUAAUAUACUAAUGGAAGAAUCAGCACAAAUUUUAGAAAUUGAAACUUUUAUUCCUUUAUUACUCCAAAACCCUGAACAUGGGCAUAAUCGUUUGAAAAGAUGGAUAAUGAUUGGAGAUCAUCAUCAAUUGCCACCAGUUAUAAAAAACAUGGCUUUCCAGAAGUUUAGUAACAUGGAACAAUCACUUUUCGCCCGUUUUGUUCGUCUUGGUGUGACAACUGUCGAUCUUGACGCACAAGGAAGAUCUCGACCUAGUCUAUGCUCAUUGUUCCGUCAACAUUACAGAAAAUUGGACGAUCUGCCGCAUACUCAAGUCAUGUCCGAUUCAUUCCCAGUUAAUCCAGGUUUUGCUUAUGAUUAUCAAAUAAUUGACGUUCAAGAUUUCAAUGGAGUUGGUGAAUCCGAACCCAUUCCUUACUUCUAUCAGAAUUUAGCUGAGGCUGAAUACGUUGUUGCAACUUAUAUGUAUAUGCGUUUACUUGGAUAUCCAGCUGAAAGUAUUACUAUACUUACAACUUACAAUGGACAAAAAUUCUUGAUAAGAGAUGUAAUUAAUCAAAGAUGUAUGGAUAACCCAUUUAUUGGAGCUCCUCAUAAGGUAACAACAGUUGACAAAUAUCAGGGGCUUCAAAACGAUUUCAUUUUACUCUCUCUGGUUCGUACAAAAGCAGUUGGACAUUUAAGAGAUAUACGACGUUUGGUUGUUGCUAUGUCAAGAGCCAAAUUUGGUCUUUACAUUUUUGGUCGAAUUUCCUUAUUCAAAGAUUGCAUAGAAUUGGUUCCUACUUUCAAUUUACUACUUAAGAGACCAACUUCUCUACAUCUGUUUCCAGAAGAAAACUAUCAUCCAAUUUCAAUUUCAGAACGUAAAAAUCCAACAAUCUUUACAGAUAUGACUUCCAUGGUACAAUUUGUUUAUGACUUUUACGUGAAAAAAGUAGAAGAAAGGAGAUUAACUAUGCAGGAUGAACACGAAGAAGUAGAAGAAACGCAAAUGAUUAGUGAAGAUGAACACACGAACGAGGAAGAAACACAAAUUACCUGUGAGGAGGAACCAAAUGUGGAGGAAGCGCAAGCAACUUGUGAAGACGAGAAUCAAAACGUGGAAGAAGCGCAAGGAACUAGUGAAGAUGAACCCAAAAAAGUAGAGGAACAAUCAACUUGCGAGGAUGAACAAAAUUAGACAUAAAAUUGUACACAAAAUAAAAACAACACACUUAUUUACAUCAACAUAAUUAAAUUCACAAUGAUUCUAAAAAAAUACCACUUAGGAUUCCUCUUAAGUGAUGAAAAUUGAGCGAAGAUCUAUGAUUAAAUCUAUCAAUGAUCUAUCAUUUUGUAUAAUAUUAUGUAUUUAUCCAUACUUUAUUUCAUUAUGCGAUCGCAAUAAAUAUUUAAAAAAAA